CGCGAUUGGCUGGCAAUCAGCCCCCAGGUGUCAGCCGCCAUAUGCUCCUCCUCACUUGAGACUUUACAAAGACAAGUGCUUUGCAAAUGGUAAGUGGAUGGAGGAAUGUCCUCACUUUAGGACAAAUAUGAUCUUAUCUUGUUCUAAUCCCAUCUUGUCUUCCAACAACCACUACAAACACAUGAAGUCGGUGUGCUCCGGCAACUCAAGCGAUUGAUAAAAUAUGUCCAAUGUGAAAUUUGUUGACCCCAAAAGGAGCUUUUGUGUGGAUUGAGAUAUGUGGGAAAAUUAUUGGUCCGUGAAUGGCUGUCUCUCUUACAUGGGUUGACUUCAAAGCUUGUGCGUUCAUGUGAUGUGUAACGGGUGACUGGGAAUGUCAAUGCGAGAUAUAACCAGUCCAUAAACUUCCUCGUUACAAGGCGAGCACGCGUUUUGACGGUUCAGCUGUGCAAGCGACAAAGCCACUGCACUCUAUCAGGAUCAUCUUCAGUCUUCAAUCAAAUGUUCCCAUGGAGAGGCAUGAUGCCAAACCUGUCUAUGAAAAUGAUGAUUAGUGCACUUCAAAACAAGCGCUGCCCCCUUCCUGACCUCUGCCAUCAACAUCUGGUCCACUGAAAAGCGUCCCAUUCCCUCCACUGAGUGGAGUCUUGGCUGACAUCUAAACCAUCCCUCCAGAUCACAGGAUGUACAGGCGAUAAGCUGCUCGGCCACUGCGCAACGAUGGAGCUCUCGCAGCGAUGGAGAUGACGCAAACAGCCUGUGUUCUCCGAAAAAGUGAUUCCAGGCGAACAUGGCGGCAACUUAGGCGCGCUCCAAGAUGACAACGGCCAGCCGGAGACGGGAUUCAAGGAUUCACGCUCGGCUUCCAGGCAGCGACGAGACUGGCCAGUGCGGGCCGGCCGCUUCACUUCAGUGAGAGAGUGCACUAUCUGCGGCAGACGCCCCAGCAGCAGCAGCAGCAGCAGCAGCAGUAGAAGCAGAAACAUCAUCAAAGGCGAAGAGAGAAACGAAGGGAGCACACCCGGGGAAGAAAGAAAGAAAGGAAGGAAGAAAGGAAGGACGGAAGUUAGGGACGGACGGACGGACGCGGCAUGCGGUCAAAGAGGACGCCGUCCCCCCGCGGGGAGCCACGGAGGUUGCGGCAAGCUUAAUCCGCGCGGGUGGGUUUAUUGGACCGGAAUAGAACCGAUUGCUGCGGGCGCCCAUCGAGCAGCGCCCUGCACCGGCGGAGGCAACGGCACCCUGCGGAGAACCGAGCCGAGUCCGCCUAAGUCAAUGAGUAUUGAGACAGAGCAGCCCCCGCGGUGGAGUCGGCCAGGGCAGCACUCUCCUAAAAUAUGACCAGGGGUGCUUGGAUGCGUCGACAGCAUGACGAAGGCGUAAAAUACUGGUUCGCACCCCGAGGGACCGAGAAGCCAUCCACCGAGUCGGAGCGGGCCCAGAGAUGGCGACUGUCGCUGGCCUCACUGCUCUUCAUCACCGUCCUGCUCUCGGAUCACCUGUGGUUCUGCGCCGAAGCCACGCUCACCCGCACCAGGGACAAGCGGCGCUCGGGCCCGGGGAGGCUCGGGAUUAGAGAGACGGGCGAGCAGCCUCACUCCCUCCACUGGCUCCCGCCGGCGCCACCACCACCACCAUCAUCACCAUCUUCACCACCGCCUGACCCCCAUCACCACCACCGCUACCACGCCAGAGAGCAAAAUGCUAUUUUUCUAGGGAAUUCUACCGAACCUCUGUGGCGGAUGGACACCUGUCACCCGGACAGCGUGUCCAAAGACUGCUUCACUUUCACGGACGCGGACACCGUGUGCCUGGGCCUGGCGGGGGGAGAUGGGACGCAGUUGGCGCACGUGAACCUGAGCGAUUUGUACCUUUCUUUUUGUAAUUCCUACUCACUUUUGGAUUUGUUUUACGGGUUUACGAGUCCACACGACAUGAAUUGCACCCUGGAUAUGGCCAUGGGGGCGGACGCGCCGGGAUGCGGCGAGUGCGUCCGGGCUUACCAGCUCCUUGACCGGCAAGCGGAGGACAACUACCGGGACUUCGAGCACUUGGUGCGCAAAUACGAGACGGACGCGUACUCGGUUCGGACGUGCAUGGAGGAAUGCAAGUUGGCGUACAAGCCGUGGCUGUGUUCUCAGUACUUCCAGACCACCCAGUUGCACUGCACUAAGAGAAUCCCCUGUAGUCAAUACUGCCUGGAGGUGCAGCAGCGGUGCCCCUUUGUCCUGCCCGACAAUGACGAUCUCAUUCACGGAGGCAGCCCCAGUUUUAUAUGUACAGGGUUGCUGGAGGAUCAUCCAUCAGGCGUGGACCCCGAGGCAGAGUGCUGCGACGUGCGGUGGGACUUGAAAGUGGACAACCUCUCCCGGGGGACGUUGAAAAGAACUCACCCGCCGUGCCAGCACCGAACCUCCCUCAGCUCCUCGGCAGCGUGCAGACUGUGUAACAGCCGCCUCAAACUCUGCCUGCUGGUGCUCGUCCUCCUACACACUGUCGCCAGCCUCACUGCAUCCCACAAUGCAACAGGCUUGGGCCUCCCCGCCAUCACGCCUCUGGAGGAGAGAGGUGACCUGUACAAGCAAAAGAAUUUGCUGCAAGAGUGA